CUGACUAGCUGACAUCACAUUCAUCUUCAGCUCUCUUGGCACCAACAGCAAAUGGAUGAACUGUCUCUGUCACAUCAAACUGUCUGCAUGCUGUUGCUGAAGGAAUAUUGACAUUCACUGUAUGAUUGAUACUACUCGUAAAUUGGUCCAAAACAUUUUAUCCGGAAAAGAGAUUGGGGAAAAUUGUCAGGCAUGAGCAUAAACAACACUGCAAACCAAACUGGCCUGCCGGAGGACUUCAAAAUUGCUCUUCUGGUCUUAUAUAUAUUCAUCUUUCUCUUUGGGACUCUGAAUGUUAUACUAAUGUCCUGUAUGCUACAGUCUCAAAGACAUCUCUCUUUCACCAAAGUGUCUGUGAUCAACCUGAUAGCAGUGCACUCCAUUUUCCUUCUCACAUUGCCUUUUCGCAUUUACUAUUAUGCUUCUAAUAAAGACUGGAUUCUGGGCAUGUAUUUCUGCAAAAUUGUCAGUCUUAUGAUCCAUGCCCACAUGUAUCUUGCAUUUAUCUUCUAUGCCUUCCUUCUAAUUGUGCGUUAUGUGGAGCACUCUAGUCAGCGGCACAAGCUAGAGUUUCAUCGCAUCCUUCACGCCACAAUUGCAAGCACAACCGUCUGGUUGAUCAUAUUUGGCUCUAUGUUCCCAGUAACUAUUUACUACGGAAAGAUGCAGAAUGAUUCAACUCAGUGCUUUCAUUUCGGUAAAGCUCUCGAGCAGCCUAGUGUGAAGAUAUUCAACUAUGGUACUUGUACACUAGUAAUACUGGUUUGGAGUGUGCUAGCAUUUUUCCAAGUUUAUUUUCUACUCUACGUGAGUAAGACAUUUGGAAAGGCCACAUGUCAACGUCAAGAGUUCUGGGCACAACUGAAAAAUGUUGUUUUCCUGUCGGUCAUGUUUUUUUGUUUUGUGCCUUAUCAAGGAUUCAGAGUAUAUUAUGUGAGUGAAUAUGGCAAGACUGCAGAAAUUCAUCAUAUAAAUGAAGUAUUUCUUGCUGUCACUGCUUUCAGCUGCUUUGAUAUGAUUGUUUUUGCUGGUAGAGAUGUAUGCAAACUUAUAAAUUCAAGGGGAUGGUUUAACUGUUUAUAGCAUCUAUGUUGUAUAUUGUUUUUGAUAUAGUGAAUUGUUUUCCAUUUUGGUUUCCAUUUUUUGAUGCUUUUGUGCCUUAUAAGUUUAAAACAAUUGUUUUGCAUGACAGAAUGUUUGGAAAUAGCACAGUAUUUUAUUGUCUAUAAUGCAUUAAAUAAUUU